AUGUCGAGCACCGAAGUUCAACAUAGUGAACGCGUUCCAAUGUUAUCAUCAACUGAAGAAAUCGUUCGUUCAAAUCCAACUGUUUCAGUAUCUGUACCAACUGAAACUACAACGGUUGUUAAAAAAACUGUCGAUACUAAUAUUAAUCCUGAGGAUAAUAAUAACUUUAUUCAAGUUAUUCGACCAUUAUUAGUUGAACUUAUUGGUACAACAUUAUUUAUUCUUAUUGGUAUGUGGGGUGCCUGUUCAAAUGGUAGCGUAAUUGCUAGUGCAUUAUCCUUUGGUUUGGCUUUAAUGGUAUUAACAGCUAGUUUUGGUCAUAUAUCAGGUGUUCAUUUUAAUCCAUCAGUUACAAUUGGUGUUUUAAUUGCUGGUGAAAUGCAACCUAUUAUGGCAAUACUUUAUUUUGUUGUACAACUUUUAGGAGGUAUUGCUGCUGGUGGACUUUUACGUUUAUUACUUCCAACAAAAAUAUAUAAUACAUGUCAUGGUGGAGUAACAUUAUUGACAACAUAUAAUACAACAGUUAGAGGAGCACUUCGUUUAGAUGAUGCUGUACAAGGUUGGCAAGGAAUUUUAAUUGAAUGUAUUGUUACAUUUGUACUUGUUACUGUUAUUAUAAUGGUUGCAAUUGAUACGAAAUCAAAAACUGGACUUGCACCACUUUUAAUUGGAUUUACUUUAGCAGUUAAUAUUCUUGCUGUUGGAGCAUAUACUGGUGGUUCACUUAAUCCAGCACGUUCACUUGGUCCAGCUAUAUUUAAUAAUCAAUGGGACCAUCAUUAUGUUUAUUGGAUUGGUCCACUAGUUGGAGCUAUUGUUGCUGCUCUUCUUUAUCGAACGGUUUGGGCACAUCAUGAUCGUCGUAUGUUUGUUAAACAUACAACGACAACAACAACACCAUCAGCUCUAAAACAAUAA